AAAUAAGAUAGUAGGAAAGAGGUAUGCUUUUUUAAGGUAAAUCUUUUGGGUUUUCUAGGUACAAGGUUAAAUAAUUAUCAGAUUUUUGAGCUUAAAGCACCUAAGGGUGUGGCCUAGUGAUCAAUGAAGUUGAUUGAGCACCAUGAGAUCCAGCAUAGACAAUAUCUGGUCUAACCUUGGUGGCCUGGUAUCUGUUGCCGGUUAGAGGUGACGUGUAUUUAUGGAAGUAGUCGAGGUGCAUGCAAGCUGGCUCGGCCACCACAGUUAUCAAAUAAAAAAGAUUUUUGGGCUUAAAUAGUUUUUUCUCCUGUUUAGAUUGGUGGUUGGAGAGGGGGGUGGGGGUGGGGAUGCGGAUACAGUAUAACCACACCUCAAAACCCUCUUCCAAGAGUCAACAACUGUGCCUUCCCAAUUUGCUCCCAACUUCUAGGUUAAAAGUGGAGUCCUCGUGCACCACUGGAACAACCUCACUUGUCAUUAACCGGGCUUAAAUAUUUGGAGUUAAAUGUCUUUUAAGUGUCAGGAAUUAAUGUCCGUUAUACACAAACCUCACACACGUGUCCUUGGGUAUCCAUUGUACAUAGACCUUAGCACGUGUCUUUGAGUGCAAGUGAGAUAUAAGAGAAAUAAAGUGUCUUGGGUGCUACUUAUCUUGAAUAAAUUAAUGAAUUUCUUGAUAUCUUGAAUAAAUUAAUGAAUUUCUUGAUUUACUUGCGGUGAUGUCGUUAUCAAGCAUCCGACAUCCUCUAUUUGUAAACCAUUAAUUACGGCUCAAACAUUGGUGGGAGUCAAUGUCAUGCUUGCGCACCGAGGAUGCUAUAUGUCUAUCUAUUUGGACCUGCUAAACGUGUGCUGAAUCACUAAAUCUGUAAGAAGAAAUCUGUCUUUUAUUUAGAGAAGUACAAGAAAGGGGCUGGGGGAAGAAAAAGAGCUCCCAUCGUUUCAUGGUACACCUUUGUUAAAUUAUCAGAUGCUCCAAGCCAUGCUUCCCACACUACUUCCUCGGGCUUUCGAUACGCAGCCAAUCCAGGAGGAGUUGAAUCAUGGACCAGGCCUUUAUGCUGUACCUGUUGCUCCUUUUAUGGGACAAUAUACAGGGUUUCCGCCAAACACACUAAUCCCAUUUACCUAUGCUGUACCCACUGGACCUAGUAUUCCAGAAAAUGGAGCGGUUGGUGAGGAGCAAGGUCAGAUGGGACAGCAGCAACAACAGCUUGGACCCCAACGACAAAUAGUUGUCAGAAGAUUUCAAAUUGCAUUUCAGCUAGAUCUCUUGCUAAUUUUGAAGUUGGCUGCAGUGAUUUUUUUGUUCAAUCAAAAUGGAUCAAGACAAAGGCUUAUUCUGCUGGUGUUUUUAGCUUCACUUGUCUAUUUAUAUCAAACUGGAGCUCUUGCACCUUUGAUACGGUGGCUUUCACAAGGAAUGCAGAGGGCAGCUGCACCUCCCCAACCACCUAGGGCUGCUAUCAGGGCAGAUAAUGCACCAGGUGCUGGAAGGCAAGGAAAUGACAAUGUUGCAGCCGGAGAGGGACAACCUGGAGGUGAGAAUGAGAAUCAACAAGGUAACGACAUAAAUAGGGUAGGCGAGAAUGAGCCUGCACUGGAACCUGGAGCUGCCGAUGGUGGCAACCGCUGGUGGGGUAUUGCAAAGGAGAUCCAAAUGAUUGUCUUUGGCUUCAUCACUUCCCUACUUCCAGGUUUUCACAACAUUGAUUAGACUGUACAGGGCAAGUAGCAGCUGCAGAUAGCAGAGGGAUAAACUUUCCUUGUUUACAAAAUUUACAGCGGCCAAAACUCUCUAUCAUGUGUUUUGAGAGGUCAUCAAAUGUAUUGCAAAUAGAUAUCGUUCUCUUCUUUUUGGCCAGAUAUCUAAAUGUUGCUCUUAAUUUGAUUAGCGAGGUUGUGUUUAAUUAAUAAAAAUGGUUGCUUAAUCCUCUA